ACCAUAUAUAUAUACAUACAUGUAUAGUACAGGGACCAUUAUUGCAAUUUACCAACAAAACAAAAAUUACCAGUAUGUCUAUGUGUGCCUCAGGUUAAGCCCUAGUACAAGGUUUCGGAGGUUUGUGUUAUUGAGUUAAACUCAAUGGCAGGGAGGUGGUCGACUGAAACUUCAAAAUGGUUGACUUUAUCAAUAACAUUGACCUUUGCUGCUGUUUCUGCAUCAGCAGUGUACUUUUGGAGUAAAAAAAGAAAAGAGUUGAAUGAUAAGAAGAAUAUUAUAGAGGAACUUGAGAAAUCACUGAAAGAAUCUUUACAAAAAUGUGCUGCUGAAAGACAAGGUCGAAUUCGGGCUCAACAGGAUCUAAGAAAGGCAAUGCUUCAAUCGGUAACUGAUAAGUUGGAGACGAUUUAUCCCAUGGCAGCCAUUGGCAUCAUUCAAUCUUGUUUCUCUACGAGGAACGGGACACCAAGACAACCUCUGAUUGUACCUCUUGCAAGGGCACAGUUGAUGUUUGAUGUAAGUCGGGUUCCACCAGCAUCUCUAGAGGGUCUUGAGGAGUAUUCCCACUGCUGGAUCAUAUAUGUCUUUCAUCUUAAUACAGAUCUUGAUAAGAUGUGGAAACAUCCAUCUCGGUCAAAGUUGAAGGCAAAGGUGCGAGUGCCAAGACUGAAAGGUGAAAAGAUGGGUCUCUUUGCUACAAGAUCACCACAUCGCCCCUGCCCAAUUGGUCUUACCGUCGCUAAGGUGGAGUCGGUUCAGGGAAGCAGCAUCCUACUUUCAGGUGUGGAUCUGGUUGAUGGCACUCCAGUUCUGGAUAUCAAGCCCUAUCUACCUUACUGUGACAGCAUUGAAGAAGCAGCCAUACCCCAAUGGGUUAAGAUGGAUGAUUUGCUGGCGGUAGCAUCUGUUGAUUUCUCUUCUGAGUUUUUUGCAACUCUAACUCAUUGUUGGUCAGCAAUGGAUAAAAAGAGAUCACUAUAUUCAUCACCCCAAGAAUUUCAAAUGUUGAUCAAACAAGUGCUUACAUGGGACAUACGAUCAGUAUCACAACGAACCCAAAAGGAUGAGAUUUCCGGAAAGACUGACAACGAGAAUGUUUCUGGUAAUGAAUUUUCUGAUACCAUAUAUCACCUUAAUUUAGAAGGCUUAGAUGUUAGAUACAGAAUUACAUCUAGUAGUAAUGUACUAGUUGAGGAUGUUACUUCUCCAAACACCAUGCCUCCAGCUUCACACUAGUUUCGUUUCUAGUAUCUAUGCUUGGGCAAGUUUCUUACAUUACAUCUGAUGUAUCAAUCUAUGCUUCAAGUUAACAAUAGUCUCGCCUCCGAAUUUCA